AUGUCCACCCCCGCAUUCCAGUCGUUCGACCCCCUCGCCACGCACCCGUUCACCAACAACUCGGGGUUGCUGCCGAAGCCCGCACAGCCCUCCCAGUUCCCCCAUCCUAUCCCUUCUUCGCUGAAGACGGUCAGCGCCAACUCGCCGUCGUCAUCAGGACAGGUACACACCUUGGCCGCCACUCCGUCACUGCAUGCGCCACAGCCCAGAGUCCCUGCGACGAAAAAGUCAAAGUCGAGCGCGGCACGACCCAUAUUCGUCCCUUUCCGCCCAGAGCGGUCCUCGCCGGAGCUCGAUGACAUCCUCUUGAGGAAGAAAGUUUCGGACAUGCUCAUGAAUAAGAGCCAGUGGAGCAUCGACACCGUCACCAUCCCCUCAGGCAAUGCGGAUGCGAGAAAGACGCGUUGA